UGCAAGGGUUUCAGAAUGUUGUGGAUGAUCCGCAGGGCAUUCGGGACCAUCACGGGCGCUAUGUUUGUUAGGUUAUUCUCAGCAUUUGUCAGGCCACACUUGGAAUACUGCAUCCAGGCUUGUCCACCUUGCUUAGUCAGGGACAGGAUGUCAGUGGAGAGUGUUGAGAGUUGGAACCAAACUGGUCCAUGGACUACGGAACCAUUCUUACCCAGAAAGACUACUUGCGCUGGGAAUGUUCUCGAUGCAUUAUCGUCAACAUCGAGGCGACCUAGUCUUGACCUAUCGCAUACUUACCGGUAAAAUCGGACCCGAUUUAUCUGGGCUUUUCCAACCGGCUCGGCUUCCAUCGCUCCGAGGUCACUCGCUGAAGCUACACAAACCUCGAUCGGAUGGAGUCCGGGCGGACUUUCGUUUAUCACGCCGAGUGGUGGAUUCCUGGAAUGCACUGCCCGAGAACGUGGUAUUGGCACCAACAGUGAAAGAGUUCGAACACCGACUCGACGCUCUUGGCCUUCAAUUCUUAACAUUCCCCUUCACGUCCUAGCUUAUUCGUCUUAUUGAAUUAUUAAAUCUAUUACGUUUUUUUCUUGACGCUCUUAUUACUUUCGUACUUCUCUUUCUUAUUUCACGUGACCGGUGCGGCGGGGACUGCCAGUGCAGGUCG